AUGGCUAUGCAUCUUCUCUACGAAUCUUCUUCUGGUUAUGGUCUCUUCGAAGCUCACGGAUUAGAUGAGAUUGGACAGAACACUGAGGCUGUCCGGAGCUCCGUCUCCGACCUCAGUCGCUUUGGUCGUGUUGUUAAGCUCACAGCUUUUAUUCCCUUCGCAUCUGCUCUCGAUGCCCUUAACCAAGUUAACGCUGUCUCUGAAGGUGUUAUGACUGACGAGCUUAGAAGUUUUCUGGAGUUGAACCUUCCUAAAGUCAAGGAAGGGAAGAAGCCUAAGUUCAGCUUAGGAUUGGCUGAGCCUAAGCUCGGUUCGCAUAUAUUUGAAGCUACUAAAAUCCCCUGCCAGAGCAAUGAGUUCGUGCUUGAGCUUCUCCGAGGUGUUCGCCAGCAUUUUGAUAGGUUCAUCAAGGACCUGAAGACUGGUGAUUUGGAAAAGUCUCAACUUGGAUUAGCUCACAGCUACAGCAGAGCAAAGGUCAAGUUCAAUGUUAACCGAGUGGAUAACAUGGUUAUUCAAGCUAUUUUCCUCCUUGACACAUUUGACAAGGAUAUCAAUACCUUUGCCAUGAGAGUCAGGGAAUGGUAUUCGUGGCACUUCCCCGAGCUAGUGAAGAUAGUUAAUGACAACUAUCUUUAUGCCCGUGUCGCAAAGAUGAUUGAUGACAAGUCAAAGUUGACUGAAGAUCACAUCCCAAUGCUUACUGACGUCUUAGGGGAUGAGGAUAAGGCAAAGGAGGUCGUCGAAGCUGGAAAAGCAUCCAUGGGCCAGGAAUUAGAUCCGAUUGACUUGUUCAACGUACAGACCUUUGCUCAGAAAGUUAUGGACCUUGCUGACUACAGAAAGAGGCUCUAUGAUUAUCUUGUUUCUAAGAUGGGCGACAUUGCCCCUAAUUUGGCGGCUUUGAUUGGAGAUAUGGUCGGUGCUCGUUUGAUUUCACAUGCUGGAAGUCUUACUAACCUUGCUAAAUGCCCAUCUUCCACCCUCCAGAUUCUUGGAGCUGAGAAGGCGCUUUUCAGGGCACUUAAAACUCGCGGAAAUACACCCAAGUAUGGUUUGAUUUUCCAUUCGUCGUUCAUUGGCCGAGCGUCUGCUAAGAACAAGGGACGUGUUGCUCGCUAUCUUGCAAACAAGUGCUCUAUAGCAUCCAGGAUUGAUUGUUUUGCUGAUGGUGCAACAACUGCUUUUGGCGAGAAGCUUCGUGAACAAGUCGAGGAAAGGCUAGACUUUUACGAUAAAGGUGUUGCCCCACGUAAGAAUGUGGAUGUAAUGAAGGAGGUGAUAGAGAGUCUGCAAAACAAAGAUGAGGCAAUGGAUGUUGAAAACGGCCUUGAUGGUUCUGUUUCUGUGAUUUUGUUCUCUUGUUACAACAAGUUUACAAGUCCCACUAUCACAAGAGAAUCAAACGUUGAGGUUUUCUAA